AAUGAUUCUCUCUCCUGUGUGACGAACAGACGCUCGUGAGGAUCGUGUCAGUAAACUAGAGGAGAUCUCAAACACUACUGAUCUAUCCAGGAUAACUCUGGACAUCUUCAGUUGUUUUUUUCCUGUUAUUUAAAAGACGCUUUCCAUCGCUGCGUGUGUCAAAGCCAAUGAGAGACGCGGAGUUCUGUGAUCAUUCUCACAUUGACGCGCACAUGAAGCGCUUUGACGCGGUUCUGGAUUUGGAAGAGCGCGUGAGGAGUUCUGGACCAGUGCGUGUCUGAUCAUUAACACCAGCGCGCGCACGCUUUCUGGACCUGACACACUCAUGCAUUACAAAGAACGGAUGCCGGAGUCUUUGAAAUAAGAGGAACAAGAAAAGAGGAAAGACUGCAUUGAGGAUCGGAGAGAGCGAGCGAGAGAGGAAGAAAGACGAGUGUGUACAGUACUUUUGGAAUAGGAAGGAAUACCAGGCCGAAAUAAUGGGGAGGAAAAAGAUUCAGAUUGCGCGGAUAAUGGACGAACGCAACAGACAGGUUACGUUUACAAAGAGGAAGUUUGGACUAAUGAAAAAGGCCUAUGAGCUGAGCGUUCUGUGCGACUGUGAGAUCGCCCUCAUCAUCUUCAACAGCACUAAUAAACUGUUCCAGUACGCCAGCACCGACAUGGACAAAGUUCUGCUUAAAUACACUGAGUACAAUGAGCCCCAUGAGAGCCGGACGAAUUCGGACAUCGUGGAGACUCUGAGGAAGAAGGGUCUAAAUGGCUGUGACAGUCCUGAUAUUGAUGCUGAAGAUUCAGGCCACAGUCCAGAAUCGGAGGACAAAUAUCGCAAAAUCAACGAGGACAUUGACCUGAUGAUCAGCAGGCAGAGACUGUGUGCCAUCCCCCAGUCUAAUUACGACAUGCCCAUCUCAAUCCCUGUGAGCAACCCCAACAGCCUGAUCUACAGCCACCCAGGAGCGUCCCUGGGCAACCCCAACCUGCUGCCGCUGGCCCACCCCUCCCUCCAGAGGAACAGCAUGUCCCCUGGAGUGACCCACCGUCCCCCGAGUGCAGGCAACACAGGUGGCCUUAUGGGUCCAGACCUCAGCAGCGGAGUGGGCACCAGUGCUGGAAACGGGUAUGGAAACCACCGCAACUCCCCUGGUCUGCUGGUCUCUCCGGGGAGCAUGAGUAAGAACAUGCAGGCCAAGUCUCCUCCGCCCAUGAGCAUGAGCAUGAGCAACCGCAAGCCCGACCUGCGCGUCCUGAUCCCCCCCGGCUCAAAGAACACCAUGCCCUCCAUCUCGGAGGAUGUUGACAUGUUGCUGAACCAGAGAAUAAACAACUCCCAGUCCGCCCAGUCUCUGAGCACACCAGUGGUGUCUAUAGCCACGCCCACUCUGCCAGGACAGGGAAUGGGCGGCUACCCAUCAGCCAUCUCUACCUCAUACGGUACAGAAUAUUCUCUCAGCAGUGGAGACCUGUCCUCUCUGUCCGGAUUUAACAGCUCGGCUUCUCUUCAUCUGGGUUCGAUGACCGGCUGGCAGCAAAACAUGCAGCAUUCUGGUCUAGGACAUCUAGGGAACUGCACCAGCACACAGUUAUGUCAGAGCUCCACCCUCUCGCUGCCGUCCAAUCAGAGCCUGCACAUCAAAUCCGAACCCGUCUCUCCUCCCCGAGACCGGGCGGGAGGCACUCCGGGCGGCUACGCUCAUCCUCUGCCCCCUCCUCCGCCCCAGCCGGCGUCCCAGCAGGGUCAGCUACGGCAGGACGCGGGCCGCUCCCCGGUCGACAGCCUGAGCAGCUGCGGCAGCUCGUACGAGGGCAGCGACCGUGAGGAGCACCGAGCCGACUUCCACUCGCCCAUGGGACUGCUGAGACCCUCUCAGGACGAGCGGCACAGCCCGUCCGUCAAGCGCAUGCGUCUGUCCGAGGGCUGGGCCUCGUGAUUGCGCGGCCUGUGCUGGCUUUUCUAUGUGGAGAUUUCACUUUAGUAUUAUUAUAUUUGUUUCUGCGGAGUGUGAGUGCUACAUCAAGUAUUAAAAUUGAUAUAUAUAUAAGAUAAACAGGGGAGGGAGGGUGGGCGUGUUUGUGAUUUGGGGUUGGGGUCAAGGGACAUGCAUUGCUUGUGCCACGUGUGGGGAAAAACUACAAAAAAAAUACUAGUGCUGUCAAACGAUUAAUUGCGAUUUAUCACAUUCAAAAUAAAGGUUUGUGUUUACAUAAUAAAUGUGUGUGUACUUUGUAUAUUUAUGUACUUUAUGUAUUUAUUAUACAUAAUAAAUAUACACAGUACACACACACAUAUUAUGUAAACACAUACUUUUAUUUUGGAUGCGAUUAAUCACAAUUAAUGGUUUGACAGCACUAAAAAAUACACAUGCAAUUUUACAUACGUGUGUAUGUAUGUAUACAAGCAUACAGGAUUAAAAAGAGAAGUCUGGUACUCUUGUUUGGUAAAGCUACUUUUUAGUUUCAGUAAUAUAUUAUGCAUAAUUAAACUAUUAAAGGAGGCAUUGACGUGUCUCAGGGCUUGUACAAGUAAUAUUCCCGUACAGACCGGGGCCUUUACGCUCACGUCAAUGCGCACUAACUUGCAAAUGUAUGUUAUCACAGACGUUGUUGUGUUGCAGGUUCAACGUAUUUAUGUAAAUAGAGAACGAUGAGGCUUUUGGGUAAACGGACCUGCCAGGAUUUGCAGGUUUAUUUGCGAUUAACGGAGUGAGAGAGAAAGCCAUCACGCACCAGUUUAAGACUACACGGGCCCAGGGCUGAGGAAUUAAUGGACGCGAUUUACAAUUCUAAAUGGAAUCGGGAAGUGUUCCAAAUACACAGAUUCUCUUGUAAAUGUUGUUGAUAUUUCAGAGCCGUGUUAACAACGUUAAAGUUCUCUGGGCCAUGUAUUGCCUGUCCCCGGUGGAAGAGAUGUACAAUACAUUUUGCUUAUAUUUUCAUAAAAAUGCAGAGCAUUUGUUGCUACCUGUUGACCACAUGAGUCAGAAUGUGAUUUCAAGCUUUGCCGAUGUUGAACAGAGAGGUAAAGCCGUGUGAGCUCCAAAAAUAAAGCCAUAUAAACAAUUUCACCAAA